UUUUUUUUUUGUUCUUUAUGGAGCGAAGAGGGGGGAGGAGGGGGGGGGGGGAAACCCCAUGGCGCGGUCCAAAGGAUAGGACAUCGCUAAUAAAGAUGCCUGAAGGAUAGACAUAAGUAGACAGUAGGAGAUACAAGAGUCUCUUUUUUUUUCUUUCAAGGGCGGGGUCCGUAGAGGGCGCAAGGGCGAGAAUGGGAGACAGAGGAGACCGGGAGGGAGAGCGAGUCGCCAGGAAAAAAGGGGCCCGAUGCCAGGAUAUGCCCGAUAGGUUUGCGCUGACCAUUCAAGGAACAGGGAAGGGCUCCUUUCUCUCUAUCUCUCCUAUGGUUGCUCCGCGUUUCCCUUCGUGAAUCUCCUGUCCCUCCUAGUUCCCCCUCUAUCCAGGCUCGCGUCAGACCAGAUACUGAGAGUGUGCUCCGCGCAUAACCUUCGGCGUAAGGCCUCAGGGCUCACGGCAAGGCCAAGCCUGUAUACGAGAUGUUUACCAUCCUAUCCACUCACGCAUCAACAGCAACGCACAUAUGGACCUAAACUAC